CACGAUCUAGAAAGGCCACCGUACACUUACUCAAGAUGGCAACUCAACUCCUAAGGGGCCCGGCCACCAACAGCACCAACUACAUCAGGACCUGUAGGCGAUUAGUCUUUCAUACGGCGUCACGAUAAUGUAAACGGACUCAGGCUCUUCCGCCAGGGGCGCAAACCCUGACCGCCGUCCAGCUCAAAGUCAAGAAGGCGCUCGCCGAGGACUACGACUACAUCAAGAACGUGCCUUGCUCGAAGCAUUAGUCACAUGUAAGAUCGAAGAGGGGCAGGACCUACGCUUGAUGCUCGUACGCUGCGACAUCCUCAUGGGCCAGCUCACCAGGUGGAACCUCAUUAGACAGGCCACAUCUUGUUCAGGGCAAGGGAGAACUUACCUCGUAGAGGAUCGAGCCUUCGUCAGGAAGGAGCGACGGCGACUACACCGACUCCUUCGCCGACUACUCAACAACCCCGAUCCCGUCGAGAAGCGGUGGGCCCGCGACUUGGCCGUUUACCUGGGUGAGACUCCCAUUAGCGACUGGUGGCAUCUUGUUCAGCACAAGACUUACCACGACAACCUCCUCGCACCAGUACGGCAGAUCCACAUCGACAACAUGGGCCAUGCUGUAAACAUGAGUAAGCACACGAUCUCGAACGCUCCGACAUCGACUCGUAAGGCGAGUCGCAGAACCAAAUUAACUUACUGGACUGAGCCGCAGCGGAAGGACAGCGGAGGCGACAAUGGGAGCUAUGGACCGUUAGUCGAUAUCACACUAGCGCAGACGGGCGAGACCAGACCAUACCGAGAGACAGGAAGCGACAGACAGAUCUGCUAAGAGCGUUGGUCAGUGGCUUGAUGGUGACAGCGUGGUGGACACCAGGGGAGACGGGCCAGCAGUGAUAAUCUACAGUCAAUGCAAC